GUGCCGCGCAAGACUUUCUCAUGGACGGCUUCGUGUACCAGUUUGGCGAGACGGAGGUUUACCUAAAGACCAACAUCGCCCAGCUGGCGCCAGCGGCAGGCAACGCGACGCGCACGCGGAUUACUACCCACGAGGUUGACACCCCGUUGGUCAACCCGAGCAUGAAGACAGGUUUUAGCAACCAGUUCAGCGGAGCAGCGCCCACCGUGGUUGGGUGCCAGAAGUCCGAGAACAAGCUAGGCAGUACGGCGAACGAGCGCUGGAGACAGGCCCGACGCACAGAUGCCAAGCUCAAUAUUGGCAAUGGCCUCCGCGACGUCACCAAGUCGACCAUGACUGCCAUCUGCCCCGGUUUGAUGAAGUUUCCGGGCGACCAGGGCAUCGCGUUCGCCUGCUCUGACAUCGGCGCCAAGUCCGACAUUCAGGAGAAGGACGAAGAGCGCAUCCAAGUCGUCUGGUUCAACAAGACCAUCUCCGCGCAGGAGGCCCACUCGCUGGCCAAAGGCUACAAUGCCGCGGUCGGGGCCACCAAGGGCGACCGUGUGCAAUUCGACCUACGCAUCCUGAGGGGGCCCCAGGAGGUCUCGGCAGCAGCCGCAGCAGUUCGAGGCUCUGCCGCCGCGCUGGCGCGGCGCAAGUGGCGGAUCGGCAACGUCCCCAUCGGCCAGGCGACCAAGGGCCAGGUCCUCGAGGCGGCCCAGUCCGUCGGCUUGUCCCCUGACGUCGUCUACGUCGGCUACGACGGCAACGAAAAGGUCAACUUCGCCAUCGCGCGCUCCGACGCGGAGCCCGAGAACAUGCGCUGGAAGCUCGGCUCCGCCAAGCCUCGGGUCGGCACGGAGGACGCCCCAGGCGUCGCGGCGGCAGCCGAGGGUGUGAAUCCGACGGUGGCUCCUACAGUGGUGCUGGCCAACGCGCUGGCUAAGCUGUCGGCCGCCUCGCCUCCGGACUGGCGUGCGGGGCCGUCGGGCGAGGCCGCCAAGUCUGCUAAUGCGCACUACGGCGCCAUGGGGGCAGACGAGGAGAAGGACGCGAACGAGGCUUCGCCGCGGCCAGUUCCAGUCCGACUACCCGAUGCGGAACAUCAGCGUCUACGAGCUCUGGAGGCCGGCGUCGACGCGCAGCAGGCCACCGUGGCCAAUUUGCAGAGCGCGCUCGCCAAGCAGGCGAUGGCGACCACGGCGCUCAACGGCAAGGUGGGCGAGAGCAUCUCAUA